GUAUGAGAGGUUUGAACACUAAGCAAGCCUGCACUUCUCUCUCAUCUCUUUCUCUUUUUUUUUUUUUUUUUUUUUUUUUUAAAGGGUCCCCAUCUAAUCUUUUAUCUUCCAACAUUCCAACAGAACAAAAACCACUCUCCUCAAAAUCUACCCCUUUUUCAUCAUUCUCUCCCUCUCGCUCUGUUCUCUUUUUUCUUCUUUGUGUUUUUCUGUCUCUUAUUUUCUCAUCAAGACUCAAAAGAUAGAACAAAUGUGGCAGAAACAGCCCAAUAAAUCUUCUCCCUUCAGAGAAUCUCUCAAAGUUCUUGAAGCUGAUAUACAACAUGCCAAUAACCUAGCAGCAACUCUUCCAGGAGAUUAUGGUGGGGAUCGUGUACAUAUGAGAUUAUCAUAUAGCCCUCUUGCACCUUUCAUCUUGUUUUUGGUUGAAUGGAUGGAUUAUAGUUGCACAGAUGCCCUUCCCAAUUAUUUAGGCCUUAUCCACAUUCUUGUGUACAAGGUCUAUGUUGAUGGAAUGCCAACGUUGUCGUCUAAAGAAAGGAAGGCUACACUAAGGGAAUUUUAUGCUACUAUAUACCCUUCUCUUAGGCUGCUUGAGGGAGAGUUUAUUGAAUUGGAAGAUAUCUCUAGGCGAAGUAGAGGCAGUGAAGUUUUGAGCAGAAAGAGAGUGGAAGACAUGAGGAAGCAAUUUGAUAAUGAAUUUGAGAGAGAUCAUGAAUGUGGGAUUUGCAUGGAAGAUAGUGCAAAGAUGGUGUUGCCUAACUGUGGCCAUUCCUUGUGCAUCAGCUGCUUCCGCGACUGGAAUGCAAGAUCUCAAUCCUGCCCUUUUUGUCGUGGCAGCCUUAAGCGAGUGAACUCUAGAGAUUUAUGGGUUGUCAUAAAUAAUGGUGAUAUAAUUGACACACUGACACUUGCAAGAGAGAAUCUAAGGCGUUUCUACCUUUACAUUGAGCAACUUCCUCUUUUAAUGCCGGAGACUCAUGCUAUUGUGUCUGAUUACAUGAUCUGAGUUGCAGAUAAAAAACUGUGGUAAAACCAUAGCUACUACCAGCUGCACAUUGUAUAUAGAGUAUAUGGUGAGGAAAUCUCUGAUCCCAUCAACUACAGCUGGUUGAGAAGAUACGUCGAGUUAGUGAUAUAUAAUUAACUAACUGAUCGUUACAUUUCGAUGAAACUUGAACCUGUUGAUAAGCAGGUGAGCUUGGAAGUUCAUGAAGUAGCAACAAAUUAAGCAAAAGAUUAAGCACCUACAAGUAUGUUGCAAGGAUAGAUGUACAUAGAAAUAGAAAAAGAAAAGGUAUGCUUCGCAUUCAACUCAGCUUUUUCAAACCUGAGUGUUGGAAUGAAAAUAGCUAGAAAUUUCCUUGUGUGUUUGGGAUUCUGCUUCCCCAUAUGUUGUAUGAAAAUGUUAUGAAUCAAAUCUAUUCUCCUUAUUUAUAUUAUGAAAUUCGCCUUCUUGAAUUGUCACCAAGAAAUUGUUAGCCAUGGCUCUUCUUUUGUGCAAAUGAUGAAACAAUAAAUGGAAUAUUAUUAUAACAUUAAUGACA